AUAUUAGUUCUGUGUAUUACAGGUCACAUCCACCCUGAAUAUGUGUAAAGCCACCAGUCAUUCUGGGAGUGGGGUCCAGAGGGACAGAAAAUGGUUAUCUGUACCUCGCUUCUCCAUCAGACGCCAGUUUGGACGGAUGCCGCAACCAUUUCUGCGGUUCCGCUCCUGGCAGCUUCUCAAACCCUUGGCAAAAGCUGGAUUCCGGCCAACCACCCGAGUCAGCAAGGCGGUGUACAGCAGAGUGCCCACUCGCCUCCUGUCUCGUCUGUGGGGCCUGCUCAAUGAGGUGAGCCUUCCUCGCUGGCUGCGCUGUCCCCUCUUCUCCAUGUAUGUUUGGGCUUUCUCUGUGAACAUGAAAGAAGCUGAGGUAGAAGACCUGAACCGCUACAAGAAUUUGGGAGAACUCUUCAGGCGUCCACUGAAGGCCACAGCCAGGUCCAUCUCUUCCCACUACUUAGUCAGUCCUUGCGAUGGCCGUGUCCUACACAGUGGCCGUACCCGUGGUUCACAGAUUGAGCAAGUGAAAGGUCUCACCUAUUCACUGGAGAAUUUCCUGGGACCACAGGACUGGCGAGAGCCAUCCAACUCAAAACUUCCAUUCCUGCAACAGUUAGGUGUCCGUUCCGCCAGUCGCCUCUACCACCACGUAGUGUACUUGGCUCCUGGUGACUACCAUCGAUUCCAUUCACCAACUGAUUGGAGUGUCCAGCACAGGAGACAUUUUCCAGGUUCCCUGCUGUCUGUCAGCCCUCAUGUCGCCCGCUGGAUGCCAGGCCUCUUCUGUCAGAAUGAACGGGUUGUACUGAGUGGGCAAUGGCAAUUCGGUUUCUUUUCUCUUACGGCCGUUGGAGCAACGAAUGUUGGGUCCAUCCGCAUCUACGGUGAUCAGGAUCUACACACUAAUCGCUCUCGUCAUGUGAAGGGGAAGUACCACGACUAUGAUUAUGUGGAUCAGCAUGGAGCAUCGGGCCUUGUAUUCUCAAAGGGCGCUCCUCUGGGAGAGUUCAACUUUGGCUCCACCAUCGUGUUGGUCUUUGAGGGCCCUCGUCACUUCAAAUUCCAUGUGACAGAAACAUCGAGAAUCUGUAUGGGAGCGGCCCUGGGAACACUGUGAUUACACCUGGACUUAUUUCCUUCCCAGAAUGAUGUCACUAUAGGUGCAGGACACCGCGCUUUCCUUUUCUACACUGGUUAUUCACUAAAAAGACUUCUUAAUAAAAUGUGAAAAACUUGA